UUUCCUGCAGACAGACGGAGAAAUCGCGUUUGCAGGACCUGCCAGCAGGCUUUCCACUACAUCCCUUUUUUCGACCUCUUUCCUUUUCAUUUUCAUUGACUAUCAAUCCUUUCGAAAUCCCCCGCACCGAAAUAAAACCGAAUUAGUCAGAAGCUGGAUGCGAUUGUUUUAAGGCGCAAUGGAUCGUCCCCAUAUACAGCUGGGAUUUCUUUUUAUUCUCGUCUAAGACAUCGGCGCUUCUGUUUAGAUCCUUGGUAGUUAAAGAGAGAUCAGUUUGUGAGCAUGGACGAAAAGGUGUGGGCUUCCACUUUGUUUGUGGCAUAGUGAAUAGGAGAAAGUCCAGAUGAAUUAGGAAAUCGUAUGGACUUCUGUUAUCCCGGAAGAAAAUACAAUAACAACAAUAAUAAAAAAGCAGAAAAAAAUAUUUUACUUUUCGUGGGAUGCCCGUAACUGACUUAUCGGACGACUCCCCGUGGGUUGUGGAGAAAAGCUCCGGAAUAUGGGCGCAAAUCACUCCCACAAAACUCCCGUGUUUGAUGAGGACGAAGACGUUAACUUUGACCACUUCCAGAUUCUCAGAGCCAUUGGGAAGGGAAGCUUUGGGAAGGUAUGUAUCGUGCAGAAGAGGGACACCAAAAAGAUGUACGCCAUGAAGUACAUGAACAAGCAGAAGUGCAUCGAGAGGGACGAGGUGCGCAAUGUCUUCAGGGAGCUGCAGGUCAUGCAGGGCCUGGAACACCCAUUUCUUGUCAAUCUGUGGUACUCCUUUCAGGAUGAGGAGGACAUGUUCAUGGUGGUGGACCUUCUGCUCGGGGGAGACUUGCGUUACCACCUGCAACAGAAUGUACAGUUCAAGGAGGAAACUGUGAAGCUGUACAUCUGUGAGCUGGCCUUAGCCCUCUACUACCUGCAAUGCUGCCACAUUAUCCAUCGAGAUAUAAAACCAGAUAACAUUCUUCUGGAUGAGCAUGGUCACGUGCAUGUCACAGACUUCAAUAUCGCCACUGUUUUGAAGGACUCCGAGAAGGCAAUGUCCAUGGCUGGAACCAAACCCUAUAUGGCUCCAGAAGUAUUCCAGUCCUUCAUAGAUGGAGGCCCCGGUUACUCUUACCCUGUGGACUGGUGGUCACUGGGGAUCACUGCUUAUGAACUGCUCCGUGGAUGGCGGCCUUACGACAUCCAUUCUAGCCUGGCUGUGGAUGACAUCACCAACAUAUUCCGCGGCGAGCGUGUGCACUACUCCUCCACCUGGUCUAAGGGCAUGGUGUCGCUGCUGCGCAAACUUUUAGACAAAGACCCAGAAGGCCGGCUUUCAACCAUCAGUGACAUCCAGAAUUCUCCAUACUUGGCUGAUGUCAACUGGGACGCCAUCUUGGAGAAAGCUGUCCCCCCUGGCUUUGUUCCAAAUAAGGGAAGGCUAAACUGUGACCCUACUUUCGAGCUUGAAGAGAUGAUUCUGGAAUCUAAGCCUUUGCACAAGAAGAAGAAACGUCUCGCUAAGAGCAAGUCACGUGACGCAACCAAAGAGUCCUCUCCUUUGCCUGCCCAUCUGCAGCAGUGCCUGGAAACGGUUCGCCAGGAGUUCAUCAUCUUCAACAGGGAGAAGUUACGGCAGCAAGCGUCCACCGACCACCCAGCCAGUACACCCUUCCUGGAGCCCUCACCACAGGCCCAGAGGAAGACGCAAGAUGGGCACAACAACAACAUGCUCCCGGCUUCAGAGGAGACCGGCGUGUAUGGAAGCUAGGCUGGAGAUGAGGAUGGGGGCAGGACGAGGCGCUCAAGCUUCAGAUCAUGGGGCUUCAGAGCAUGGGGAUAAGCCACCAGCCAUGACUCCCUGUGUUUUACUUCUCUGCAUGUGUUAUUAUUACUCCUUUGGUCGGUACGGCAACGAAAAAUGGCGCAUGGCUACACGGAGCCUCCGGCGCGGACUGUGAAAUCACCUGGUUGCUCACUGCCUGACGCCCAAAAAAAGACAAAAAAGAAAAAGGAAACAAAGGAGUUUGGCUCCUUAACCAUUGUCUUCAGUCGGCUGCUGCUUUGCCUUACAAGUGUGUCCCUUUGGAUACCCAAGGGCCUAUGUGUGUGUGUGUGUGUGUGUGUGUGUGUGUGUGCGUGAGAACCUUCACCUGCCUCUCUCUCCUGCAUCACUGUGUGCCAUAAACUGACUGGAGAAACUCUGAAAUGAAAGCCAACCCUCAUCAGUACCUGACGUUACAUUACAACAACAAGCUUGACAGGCGUUUUAAUCCAGAGUGACACCUACAGGCCGACUUUGGCAAGCCUUUUAAAUGGUACGACAGAAGCUACCCUCCUGAGAUGUGAGCUUACAACUGUCUGGUGCCGUUCUUUAAUUGAUCAGUGCAGCUCCCACUGUGCCCAGUGUCUUAAAACAAGUACCCCAGUGCAGAGAUGCAGACAGCGGUUAUAAGAAGUAGUAACAAGUAACAAGUACAACAAGUCUCAUCUCCGGUGGGAACACUCUGAGCCAUUGAGGCAAAUAAAAGCUGUAUUAUUUUUGUUCAACUUCAAAACCCUGUAGCAUUUAUAUAUAAAUGAGGGUUUGCACUUUUCAUUUAUUUAAAAUAAACAUUUAAAAUGCCUUAUUUAUUUUCACAAGUUGAGCACCGCAUUCUCUAAUUUUACCUAAAAGCAGUCCCAGGAUCAAUGGAAUUCAAUAAAACCACAUAUUCAGCUGCAGGUCGAUUUUAAUGAAAACCUCUGUAACUUAGGGAUUUCUAUAAUGUUUUAGAAAGUUUGCAGUUUAAUAAACAGAAUCAGAAGACAUAUUGUCUGACGGGGAAAACUCACAUUCUAAGGAUCCUCUAAUAUGUAUUGGAUUUUUUAAACAGCCGUUUCUGUUCAUUUUUAUAACAGAGGUCUGACCAAAACAGCAGCCUCCAUAUUCUGGUAGAUCUCUCCUUUUACCAUAUUUAGACCAGUAGAGUUGCCUGUGUCUGAUCAGGCUGUGGGGAGGUUGCAUUUUAAUAAUGGAGGAGCUUCACUGUGUUCUGUGCCUGACCACUCUUACCUCUCUCGAGGCACCUGGGGCAAAGCAAACCUGAUGGCCCUUAAUAUUUUAGUUUCCAUUAGUCGGCUUAGAUGUCUGUUUAUUGUCGCUCUUGUUGUUGUGUCGUAUUCACAGUGUAGCAUUAAGACGCCGGUUUUCUUCCAUCCGACUGAAUAUCCUGAGACAAGGUGCAUUAACCAGGGGAGUGCUCCAUUCUGAUGACAUCAGCGCCACACUCUGCAAUGUGCGACUUCAGCAUCAAUGCUCUGCAAUGCGAGCAGCCCCCACCUAUCCUUAAAGGUCAAUAAAUUCCUUUUGUCUCACGUCAUAGUCGGGUUGACGUCUUCUGCUCCAGUGCCGGUUUUGCUAAAGGGCAGCUUACUCAAGCGACGCAAGGACAACAUCACUGUGUAUGUUGGCACAGGGAGAGAGGUGGCUGUCAUUGUAGAUGAAGGAAUGGCCAGCUGGCUUCUGUGAGCCAAAAUGGGCAGGGAAAGGAGUAGGGCUCAGGUUGGUCAGGAACUAGCCUUGAGUUAAGGUCUUCCUGGUCUCUGGGACUGUCUUAGUGUACCUCCAUGAAGCUACCGACGGGGCACCUUGAAUUAUACUUACAGAAGAGAUGUUAAGCUAGUCAUAAUUUCUGAGUUACCACAGAGCAUAACCAGGAUAAUGAUUGGUGCUGCUGAUUAGCCUGUCAUGUGGCCGCCUUGCCCCUUCAUUGUUGUCUCCUCCAGCCCCCAUUAUAACACUUACAGGAUUACAGCCUUGCCAAAAGCAGUCUUUCACAUUUGCCAAAGGACUCUUUGGAACAAAAAUGAUUAAGACGCACAGGAAAUGAAACUGGUGCUCUUUAAUCCUUCAGCAGCAAUGUAGCAUGACUGGGCAACAACCGUAGAGGGAAACAUAUCCAUCAGGAGUAUCCACCUGGUGUUGCUACUCAUUGUAGAGACAGAGUUGGGGAGCAUUUAGACCAAGCCAGAAUACAUUCAGUAUCCUGAACCCUAAUAUACAUAUAUACCUGUGCAUGUGUUGCAACCUUUUUAAAUAAUUUAUGUAUGUUAUUCACUAAAAAGCAGAUAAGCUUGUUGUAAAGUAAGUUUCAAAAUAUAUAGAUAUAUACAAAGACGCUACAUACAGAAACUUUUGAUAAAAAAAAACAAGCUUAUCUGCUUUCCUUUGUCUUCAAGUAGCUUUUUACUGGGGUAAAAUAUUUCAUUUAGGACGUCCUGCUGAUCUCUUUCCAUCUUGUUCCCUGUUAUUACCUGGAUGUACAAAGACACAGAUGAGAUGAUGAUGAUGGUUUGGAGAGCAGGCAACUUGAAUACUCAGGUAGCCCAGGAGAUGGAGUGGUUUAUGGAUAAAGGGAAAGCUAGACCACAGUAUGCAGAUAAGCAGUUGCUCUGUUGUCUUGUCGUUGCUAGGACUCAGCUGCCUGGUUCCCAGAGUGGGUGAGGGGGGACACCCCCCAAUACUGAGGACGCACUCUAACUGAGAACACAAAUAUCUCAGCACACUUCCUGUGAUUCAGCUAGACGUACCAGCUCAUCCAAGCAGAGUCUGCAUAUCUGGCGAACCAGGAUACUGGGGGGAGCAAACAACACUUAAUAGGUCUUCAGGAGUUCUUAUUGUUCACAUGCAUCAGGGCCAUUUUAGGCUUGUUUAAGAGGGAAGCCUUUCUCAGAAAUCACACAGAAGCUGCCCAUCUCCAUCUGAACGUAAAGCAAGCUUUUUGUGUGCUCAUGUUCCUUCUGCUUGAGGACUAAACAUGGCCUUUCUGUGUGGUGUGUCGAAUGACUCAUAUAUCUGUUCAUUUCAUGGCAAAGAGCUGCUUUGCUUUUGUGCUUGUGUUCGACACGUUUAUGUGUAGUUAUGCUUCACUGUUUAAAUGUUUCUAUAUUAUUAUAAUGGUUUACAUUGCUGGCUGUUUACCAAGCACAAUAACAUGCAAAUCUAGGUGAUGUUUUUCCAAAAAACUACAAAAAUAAAGGUCAUGC